UGUUUCUGUUCUGACAGCAUGAAGUCCACGUGGCCACUGUCCUCUCUGUUGCUGCUGCUCUUAGAGGUGAACAGUGCUUCUCUGCAGGAGACCAACAGGCCUAAUUUUGUCCUGAUAAUGGUGGAUGACCUGGGAAUUGGAGACCUCGGCUGUUAUGGCAAUAACUCACUGAGGACCCCCAAUAUUGACCAGCUGGCAAAGGAAGGGGUGAAGCUGACCCACCACAUUGCUGCAGCCAGCCUCUGCACUCCCAGCAGGGCAGCAUUUCUCACCGGACGAUACCCAGUGCGAUCAGGUAUCGCUGGUUAUAUCAGACCAGGUGUCUUUUUAUUUAAUGCAGCAUCUGGAGGUCUCCCCAGCCAGGAGAUUACGUUUGCCAAGGUUGUCAAACAACAAGGCUACGAGACUGCUCUCAUAGGAAAAUGGCACCUGGGCCUGAACUGUGAGAGCCGUGACGAUCACUGCCACCACCCUAACAACCACGGCUUCAAUUAUUUCUUCGGUAUCCCUCUGACUAACCUGAGGGACUGCCAGCCUGGACAUGGCACCAUUUUCCAGUUCCAUAAAUAUUUGCCAUACAGAACAAUGGGCAUCGUUUUGCUCACUACAGUUGUGCUGCACUACAGCGGGGUCAUCGGCAGAAGGUCGAUCCUGAGCUUGAUGUUUCUGUUGCUUUUGGUCACUGGUUUGCUAGUAGCGUUCAUCAUGGUUGUCCCAUACUUAAACUGUGUUCUCCUGAGGGACCACAGCAUUGUGGAGCAGCCAUAUAAGUCUGAAAACAUGACACAGAGGAUGGUCCACGAGGCAGUGGACUUCAUAGAGCGAAAUUCAAACAGGCCUUUCCUGCUCCUUUUCUCUUUCCUCCAAGUCCACACAGCCAUCUUUGCUUCAGCAGCUUUCAGAGGAACGAGCCGCCACGGUAUCUACGGGGACGCUGUGCAGGAGGUGGACUGGAGUGUGGGUCAGCUCAUGGAGACGCUGGACAGACUCAGCUUGAGAGGAAAAACUCUUGUUUACUUGACUUCAGAUCAAGGGGCUCAUCUGGAGGAAAUCUCUGCCAGAGGCGAUGUCCACGGGGGAUCGAACGGAAUAUAUAAAGCAGGGAAGUCCACGAAUUGGGAGGGAGGAAUCAGGGUCCCUGGAAUUUUACGUUGGCCUGGGAAAAUCCCUGGUGGCAGACAGAUAGAUGAGCCCACCAGCAACAUGGACCUGUUUCCUACUGUGGUGCAGCUGAGUGGAGCUUCAGUCCCAGAGGACAGGGAAAUAGAUGGUCAUGACCUCAUGGAUUUGCUACAGGGGAGAGCUGGACGUUCCAAGCAUGAAUUUCUCUUUCACUACUGUAAUGCCAACUUGAACGCUGUCAGAUGGCAUCCCCAAAACAGUAGCUCGGUGUGGAAAGCUUUUUACUUCACUCCAAACUUCUACCCAGAAAACAAGAUGGGAUGUUUCCAUACACAUAUCUGCUUUUGCACGCCGGAGUACGUUACCUUCCACGAUCCUCCUCUGCUCUUCGAUCUCUCAAAGGACCCAUCAGAGAGCACACCGCUGACCCCAGACACUGAGCCUGCCUUUCACUUUGUCCUGGCCACAAUGAAGGAAGCUGUGAAGAUGCAUCGGCGCUCACUGAAGCCAGUGGAGAACCAGUUAAGUCACGCGAACCUGAUGUGGAAGCCCUGGCUGCAGCCCUGCUGCUCCACAGUCACGCAGCUCUGUCAGUGCCAGCUGUACCAGUAAGCUUCUGUGGAGGCGGCACUGGAAGAUCCUUGCUGCUGUUUAGAGUCACACUAAUCUGAAUAUGGACACUUCAUAUGAACUUCUCAAAUCCACGAUUAAACCUUUGUUUUGUCAGGGCGCAGUCA